GCGGUUCAUAUGAUGAUGCUGAUGCUGCUGUGGUUCAUCCGGCACAAUUUCGGUGGGAUCUCUUUGCCGUUGGCUGGUUGCAUUGGUGGGAGUGCCAAGUUGGUUGCUGUCUCCUGCAGUGGACGAAGGGGCCGUCACUUCGUGCAACUCAUCUUGUGCCAUCUUUCCUCCUAUCCUGCACAAGUCAUAGAUUUGGUUGUGUCUCCUUGCAGCUCAAAGGUUGGUGGACAACAACACGGACAGAGCUCGUAAAGCAACGCACUGAUGAUGAGGGACAGUCAUUGUUGCAUGUUCCUUUUGGGCUGUGGCAAGACGAAGUUGAAGUAAGUUGGCUGUCACUCCCGUCUGGAAGUCGUGAACCUAACUAAGGAUAAAGUUUUGUUUGAUGUUUUGAAAACAACGCGAGAACCACGAAACUCUGUGCGAGUGCCGACAAGUUGCAUCCAGAUGGCAAUAAAACAAUGAUGAGGCUGAUGCCAAAGUGCAGGUAGCCGGAAUACAUACAUGUCAUCUGCAGCUCUUAGGUCGCUGGAAUCAGGCACUCAACUAUCUAGGCGGUGACUUUAGUCGGCCGCCAAUAGGAUGGGGGUAUCAUCCAUCGCAUCAUGGAUCCAGUUUCUCUUGGUGGCAGGCCAAUAUUGUAAUGGUAGUCGCCGAUCAUGCUAUACCUAUGCAUUCGCCAGUUUUAAUGAUAUCGGUAGAAGUCGUGCCAUACUGAGGGAUAUGAGAUUGGAGACAUUUGGCUUUUCCAGACAUGUCAGACAAGGAAGAAAACAUCCUGGAAGCACGUGGUGGCAUCCUUCCGUUAGAAGCACAAUCACUCAAAGGAGACAGAGCGAGGAAUCAUCUCCAGAUUAUCAGCCAGAGCAGGAUCAUCAGGACAGAAAUCAACAGUCCAAUGAAUCAGAUCAGUCUACUAGUAAGCAGCCACUGGAAGGGCAGAACCAAUCAUUCGGCAAGUUUACCGAGAGCUACCAAGAGGGAGACUACUUCGUUUGGGAAGUGGGGGAUGUGGAAGAAGAUCUCACGAGGCUAGACUAUUCGAUAUCACUCGAUAAUGCCGAAGACAAUCUCAAAUAUCAAGAACGUCAAGAGGUAUUGGAUGCCUUUGCAGCGCAACGACGAUUGCUAUUACCCGAUAUGCACCGCUUUGUCACGAGAACACUCCAAUGGUCCUUGAUCUUUGUCCUGCUCAAACGAUUCAUCAAACACAGCAAAGCCGACAACCAACUGGCAACCCUCGUGGGUACACGGCUCAUGACGCUUCCAUGGGAUAUUCAUUUCUGGGCAAUCACCGUUCUGACUCCCAUUGUCUUUCUCAAGAUCAAACGCCGCGUCCUGGCACCACCAGCGCCAAUCCCCAGCGAUGUACAGCAUCUUCCGCUCAGCUAUGUGGAAAGCAGCCCUGAGAUUGACUGGGAGAAUCCCCAAACGUCCUGUCGAGAUAAUGUCUUGUGCCUCGCAGAACAAUGGUCUUCCGCAGUGACAGGAGUCGCGUAUUUGGGGAUCUUUCAAAUCCUUUGCAGGGCACUGGUUCGCGUACCAGCCGUCGCAGACAUCCCAAUCCUCCGUAACCUUCGAUUUGUUCCAGUGUUUUCAGCACCAUUAAUGGCAGCCGUCCAGUUUGUCACCAGAUUAUCGGCCAUGGUAUCUGUGUUUCAGUUUCCUAAGCUGCUGUUUGAGCUGCAAAGGAAGCAACAACCACGCCCCCUGAAAAUGGGGGUCGCCAUUCUCCAACAACUCAUUGGAUCGUUGCUGAAAUGGGGAAUGCCCGUGGGAUUGGCAUCGGACUUGUCGCAGGUUUUGGCACCAUUGCCGCGAAGAAGUUUGAUUGCCAUCUACGGUGCAGCAUUCGCCUUUUUGAGCGCCAUGGAAAUGCGCUACAACCCAUCUCGCAAACCAAGUCAAAUCCCCUCAAAGACGAAACGUGAACGGGCACCCCUUGUGCGGUUCCUGGACAUUGUUGCCUCCCUGGGCUUUUCCGCAGUCGUGCUGGUAGCUUCAGCGUACAUUGCAAUGCUUGGUAUCUUUCACAAGCCCGCCGCCUUGCCAAGGAUAUCGUGGCUUGCCGUUGCGACAUAUGGUGCUCUUUUGUUUUCCAUGAUUGGUCCAUUCUGCCAUCUGGCGGCCUUUCAGAGAAUCGUUGACAUUGUGCAUACGCACGAUUUGUCCUUGACAACGGAGCCGGAGGCGAUGCAAGAAACGCUCAACAAUCCACAGAAACGACAAGAGAGAUACCAGUGGAGGCACCGGCUCCGGUGGAGAGAACCAAGACGUAUUGACACAGUCGCUGGUAAUCCCUGGAGCACGUUUUGGCACUGGGUCUUCAUUUCUGGAUCCAUAGAAGAAAAGCUGUAUCAAAUGGACGAGGACAUACGCGAAAAGGAACGCAACAAGCAAGAUGACCUGUUACAGCAGGCCAACAUUUGGAAAAGGCUAGAGAAAGAAAAGGAGCAUGAGAUUCCUGGAACUCCACCACCCGACCGACGGGUCUGGAAAGACGCGGCAAUGAAACGAGUGGCAGAGUUUCAUCAGCAAGAUUUCGAAGCGAACAAGUACACGGACCCGUUGGGGGUCGCUGUGCAACAAACGUUCGGCAUUGGCCUCGUGUAUAUGGAUGAUCACCUCCGGCCACUCGACAAGGACGAGCAGCCGAGCACCCGUCGAUUGCAAGCCCGAGCUGCAAAGUCAGCCUUGAAACGUGUCCAAGAGCUUAGAAGAGAGGCCAUUCAAAAGAUCAAUCAGCUCGGCACAGGAGACGAGGAUCCAAAAGAGGUGGAAGCAAAGAAGACUGAGAUUGUCCUCCAUGUAGACAGUGAAAUCGACCGUUUGGGAAAGCGAUUGGCUGAGCUUACCCCAUAUAACGAUAACCCUGACGGCAACGCGACGGGCCUGCAAUUCUUGGGAUCACACGGACUCAGAGCUAUUCCCGGAAGGCUGGUUGACGCUGAGAAUUCAGCUAUUGAGGAAUUAAUGCGAUGGUACGAAGUAGAGAUCCUUGGCUUGGACCCGCCAGACUUGUCGGAAGCAGCUUCUUUCGACAAUAAAACCAACAAUACGAAGGGCGACAGUUUCUCCAAUUCACCUGGCGACGACUCGGAGAUUGCCCAUUUGAGGAAACGCUUUGCAGGCAGCUCUUUCGUCGACGAAGACAACGAGCAAGCAAUGAACAGCAACAGCACAAGGAAGAACGACCCUGAUGACAUGUCAACGAUUCUAGUUUGAUAGGUUGUGAAUUGAACAGUUGAAUAGACCUCUGUAGCUAAUUUGCGAGCUGUUUGCAUCUGCCACAACAACAACACGUCUUUUACUAGCUUGAAAACCCUAAGUAAGGCAAAAAGUUGAUGCGUUGC